UCGGUCCUACUCAAACAAGAAGUCUUAGCAGUAAAGAAAGACAUAUGAAGCUACAGCAUAUGGUUGAAGUUGGUGAGAACAAGGUUGCGUACCACGUGACACGAGCGAGAGCAGUUCCCAUUGGUUGCCGAAACCUCGCCAGCGGUUGCCUCACUGGUGGGAUUGCGAUAUCCGGUGGCGUAAGCCUGAGAUAUCAAUGGAUGGACCCUGGGGCUUUACUUUUUGGAACUGGCGGUAGCUUGCGCCACCUAGCCAAUAGCUAUCGUACCUUGACGGAACGUCACAAGUGUGUGCGAUCCAGGUGCUGCCUGGACUUGGUUACUUUCCUCCACGAUGUUCACGAGAUGAUGCCUACCUCGUUGUACACAUGUGAAUGUGUGUUUGAGAAGCACAUUGAGAAACACCAGGAAGGAAGCUGCAACCUUGAAAUCUUCGGCCUAGGGUUCUGUUUGAUGGCUGAGGAUAGCCUCGUAGCUCGAUGUCCCACAUGUAUACUCGCUUGAUUGUGGCUGAAGACAGUCAGGCCCAGGAGAAGUGGAGAGAAUAAGAAGGAGGGAAUGCAAUCUCUGAAGAGUCGAAGUAUUAGAGGCUGCGACGUCACAAGACAGCCAACAACAACAAUAACAAUAAAUGAUGACGAUGAGAUGGGGUGUUUCACCGUGGUGGUGCGGUACCCUACCCCAUUGCACGUGGAACAUUAUAUGAAGGUGAUG